CAAGGAACACCGGCAAACUCUUUUCUGGAAUAAUUUAAGAGGCAGAGGAGGAAUUGCACGGUGAGAAGGCACCAAGACUAAAUAGUAUUUCUCACAGAGGUGCACAUUGCUAUCAAAUACAUGAUGACCGAUCAAGAGGAGACAUUCCUGAACAUUCUACUGCUGGGAAGUAUUCAGAGUGGUAAAAGUGCAACUGGAAACUGUCUGCUUGGAAUGUAUGAUUUUAAUAGCAAGCUCUCCUUCAACUCAGUGACAGAAGACUGCAGGAACUGUGCAACCUGGGUAGACAAUAUAAUGCGUCGCAAUGGUAAGAACCUCAGGCUGCAAGUGAAUGUUCUGGACACGCCAGGAUAUCCACACCCAAAACUCAGCAAUGAGCUUGUAAAAGAUUCUAUUCGGAAGGGUUUGAGACAACAUUUCAAGGAUGGUCUUCAUUUUGCCUUAAUUGUGUUGAGAGCGGACAUCCCAGUCUGUGAAGAUGACAAUCAAAUUAUGCAUCUGGUGAAGGAUAUUCUUGGAUCCUCAUGGAAUACAUUUACUGCACUGGUCUUCACCCAGAGAGAUACAGUAGAGAAAGCUGGUUAUGAUGGAGAAGAAUAUUUGCUAACUGCUACCGAGCCAUUAAAACAGCUUCUGAGAUCAGUACACAAUAGAUACCACUUUGUCAAUAAUUGCGCAGACUUUCUCAGAGAUGAGCAAGGCCCACUUUUGGCUAAAAUAAUGACAUUUUUUAGACAAAAUCAUUACAAAGUGCUACAGUUUUAAUUGAAUGCAUCAAGAACGGACAGCAGCAGAAGUUCAACUGGGUCACAAACUGCCUAAUUUAUACAGAUUUACAUUCAAUCACUUAUUUCUUUAUUUUAAAAAAAUGGUUGUUCAGUCUUCAGCUUUUUUUAUUGAAUAAUCUAAUGGUGAAAUACACAUUAAGUUUAUAUGCACAGAAUUAAUAAGCUGAAUGAUCGAAUGCUAUUUCACCUGUGAAAUUUGAAUUGAAAGUAAUUGAGGGAGAUGUUACUGUACUUUCCCUCACGGGAACCAUUACAUCAUUGCUUUAAUCUCCUACAGCUUAAAGGUAUAAGAUUUAAGGUAUCCAAUUCUGAGUAGCAGUACCUUAGUCUGGUUCUGAAGUCUGUGGAAACUGUUCAUUUCAUGUCUUUCAUACGAUGAAUCAGUUUCACGAGCUUUCAAAAAUCAUUAAGUGGCACACAGGAUUAAUUGGAACUCAAGAGAAGAAAGAACUUAGUAUGAUCACACCAAAAAUCUCCAAAUGCUUUAAUGUUGAAUGUCAAGUGUGUUGCCUGCUUUUGUAGGCUAACAUAGCACGCAGCUUUUGCACGCAGCAAGGACCCACAGGUGGCCAUAAGAUCACUAAUUUAUCUGGAGGAUUCUUGGCCAGGAUUGCUGCAAACAUCUUUUGUCAACAGCACAAAUCUGACUGCUUACCCAGCAGCAACAAGUUCUGCUCCAGCUCAAUGGAGGACAGAUUAUUUGGUUGAAUUGAGCAUUUUUAACAUAAUAAUAAUCCUUGCAUUUGAUAUAGCGCUUU